AUGUCCUCCGCUGUCACUCCCUCAGACUCCGCUUGUCACCCCUCCAAGGCCUGUUGGUCCAGGUACUCCUCCGGCCGCUCGUGUACAGGUCUCUCACCGCCGCUUCCGCCUCCGGUUUGCUCCAAACCUUGCUUCUGCCCCUUGGUGCCCCCCCCGCUCCUUGUAGCCCCUCCUCAGUAUACACUGAACCUCAUUCCGCAGUCAGCCGUGAACCCCGGCGUCCGCCAGUACCCAGAUUUUCCCGCAGAAAGCUUUUUGGAACCUUGUGCAUUCAGCCUACUUUUCCCCGCUUUCCCGCGCCUUGGAAAGCUAGACUUUCUACUAAUGCACCGCCGCCUUCCUCAGCCUGUGUGUAGCAUCAGCUCCGCAUGCUUUCCGCGUCAGCCGCGAGCAUUCCGCAUGAACCCAACAAACCGGUCAAAGCUUUGGUCAAGGCGCGCUCUCGCCACCACAUCCCCCCAACGCUUGAAAUCCUGUCCCCAGGAUCCUCCUUCCCCAACUCAUCUCCCCCUCCACACCUCAACUUCCUGCACACUCCCUGGCCCCGGCCCGCUGAUAAACAGCUCUCCCUUUGCGCCCACUCGCACCAACCCCUUUCCUGCCUCUUGCCAUUUUUGCCUUCCCAAGCCUAGAUACCUGUCCAACUCAAACAAACCCGUCCUCCGGGAGAUCUUUCCCGACAAAGCUGAAGGCGUGUUCAAUGCCAUCCCUGCGGACAUGGUCAAAGCCGCCAUCAAAGAUAUCCAAGGCCAAUUCAAGACGAUCCUCAGCGCCUCCGUUUUCCCUCCCUUGCUCCGCCGCUCCACCUAUGCAGCCUUCCUUUCCGAGCUCCGCAACCUCCGCCGCCACCACCUCCAAGUCAUGGCUGUCUUCAACCCUUGCCUUGCCGACUACCCCGAGGGAAAUGGCGACGACCCGGCCCCUGGUCCCAGCUCUUCCUAG